GAUAGCCCUGACCUGUUCUAUUUCCCUUCGAUAGUUACACGUGAGUUUGUGUACCCAAGGCCAUACCGGUUUUCACCACCCCCCUGCGAAAAUUUCUUUCACUCUAGCAUUUUCCCUGCACGGGAUAUGACGGACAUUACGAUUACUACAGAAUCGGAGUACGAAUUCGAACUACAAAAAUGGUUUGAAAUUGUUAGGAAGGCGAAAUUGAACUUAAUUGUGAUGUUCAAUAACCCUGAUUUUGUUACAAGAGGACAUUUUGAAAAAACAUCGAUAGAAGAAGCUGAGGAUUUAAUGUUUGAAUUGUCUGUAAAUUCUAACGUCAGUGAAGAGGAUGGACAUAAUAGUGAAAAUCUGUAUCAUAAACCCCAUAAAAUAUGCCGAGAUGAAUUUGUACUCUUUAGGAAACAGCAUCUUCCUCAACCAAGUGGUAUAGAUUAUUUUUCAAAGCUCUCAGAUGAAAUAAUCUUGUAUAUAUUUCAAUGGUUGCCAAAGACAACUAUCGUUAAAUGCUCUGCAGUCUGCAAAAGGUGGAGAGAUUUAAGUUAUGAUGAGUCAUUAUGGAAAAGGUAUGAUUAUGGAAGGAAGAAAAUUGAACCUUGUGUUUUGGAGAUUUUGUUGCGCAGAGGUGUCACAAUUUUACGAUUAGCUAUGUCAGAGGUGAAAUCUCCAGUAUUUUCUGAAGAGUUCCUUCAAGGUCCACAAUGGUAUUCAAGCCUGCAGUAUUUAGAUUUAAGCAUGGUCACCAUAUCACCUGAAAAUCUAGCCAUUCUGCUUUCUGUUUGUGUUCACUUGAAAAAGUUGAGUGUUGAAAACUGUGAAUUAAAUGAAGAUUGUUGCAAAAAAAUUGCUCAAAAUCAUGAGUUAACAGUUUUGAACAUGGCAAUGUGUACCGGUAUCACUCCAGAGGGACUUAAUGCAAUAUGUGUGAAUUGCGAGAAAUUAACUGAAUGGAAUUUAUCUUGGACGAAUCUCACAACUGAAUGCAUUGAGGCUUGUUUGCCUUUUAUGCCAACCACUAUUGAGAGGCUAAAUUUGAGUGGCCACCGAGAGACACUUGAUGACUACGGUUUGAUAGAAGCUCUACAGAGAUGUCCAAACAUGAUAGAGUUGGAUAUAAGUGAUUGUCCUCUUCUUAGUGAGCAUUCUUUUGAAAUGAUAGUCAAAAUGUGUCCCAACCUAGAGCAUCUUCAUUCUAGUCGUUCAUAUCAUAUUCCUGCUGAAUGCAAUAGGCUUUUAAAAGAGAUGAAGAAUUUCAAGUACCUUGAAGUUUUCCGAACUCUCACUGAUAAGUCACUUGCUUCAUUGCGAGAGUAUAUGCCCAAUGUCCAAAUCAAUCAACAUGUAUUUUCAACCAUUGCUAGGCCGACAACAGGUGUAAGACGAACCAGCAUUUGGGGACUCAGAACACGGGACCCAUCUGUUUAAGAUUUUGAACCAAGCAUGAAGUAGCAGAAUACUGUUGAAAUAGCAAUGAAAUAGUCAUAAAUUAUUUUCCUAUAUACCAAGCCAUAUACUGCCAGCUAUUCUGUGAUAUAAUGUGUUUAGUGCUCAAUAUUUCUCCUAUUUUAAGAAAAGCAAUAGAUAAUAUUUAGAACUUGACAUACAGAGAGAUCGAAUUUGCCAAUCAGAAAAUGUCACAUUCCUUCAGACAGAUUUAAAUAUUAAGUUUAUAGUCAUGCUUAGUCAAGAACUAUAAUUUUGUUUCUAUUCCAUAUUUCCUGUGUGAUGUUUCAUUGCGAAUCACUCAUUUGCUGAGUGUCUUACUAUAAUUUAGUAAUGAAAUACUUUUUUAAUAAUGAAAUAUUUUUAAUUUUGUCUUCAUUGCAUAUUCUUGACUAAAAAUGUAUCUGAUAUACAAACUAGAAUAAGAGCAGUGUUUUUUUGCUCUGUAGACAUUUUGGGAAUGGAAUCUGACCUUUCUUUUUGUCUUUAUUUGUUGAUGAAUAUUUUAAAUUCCUUUUUGUAAUUAUGUGCAUUCUGUACUACUUUUCAUGUGUAAAUGUGUUUGUGCAUGAAUUGACUUAAAUGUAUAAAUGUUCCUUAAAGUUGAAUGUGAUUCAUCUGAAAUAUGUAUGGAUGUUUGUAUAGCUUUAAGAAAUUCAUUUUUCUGUAUGCUUUCUGGUGUUGAAGCUUUAUAAUAUUUAUGUGGGGUGUUUUAAAUCUGUUUUUCAUAUAUAAAAGAUAUUAGUUGUAAAUAUUUUGUUAUAUUUAAUUGAAACUGCCAUUUAAUUUACUUUUUAUCUAUUUAUUUUGUAAGUGUAUUUCAUUAUUGGAACUGAUCCCCCCCCCCAAUGUUUGCUUUAUUGCUGAUGUAUUAUUAAAUUCAAAUUAUAAUUUUAUUACCCAAUAAGUGAUGUAAAAUACUCAAAUAUCUUUGUUUUGUUUUAUAUAUAUAUAAAGUUUAAGGGUAAUUAUUUUUUAAAAAGUAAGAAAUGUUUGUUUUUAUCUCAUGGUUGUGGCUGCUAUUAGACAUUUUAUGUUUUACCCUGGGUAAUACAGUGGUUCCCAAACUUUCUCAAUUUUAGUGUGUGUUUUCUUGAAUCUAGUUUUACCAAGACACCAGGUGAGAUUUUGGUUUACUUAAAAAAAAAAAAAAAGUUGCUAAUUUUUAACAGAAUUGGCAAAUUAAUUAAAUAAAAUGCAUUUUAUGUAACAUAAAAUUUAUGGAAGAAAAUUUAAUCGAGUUUGGUGAUCACAGUGUAGUUUCCUUGACCAUGGAAUUAAACUAGAUUCAUCUACUCUUUGUAAUAACAUAUGUUGAAGACUUGCAAUUUCGACAGUUGCUAUCGUAAGAUGUGUGGGAGUGAAUUAAAAACCUAAUUAAUUUAUGGAAAUUUACUAUCUCAGGUUGCCCCCAAUGAAAAUAUGGAGAUUUCUUAGGCUACCAAGAUGCACAUUUCAGAAAUUAAUGAAUUAGAUUUAUUUGUAAAAUUCAUUCAACAGUUCUUUCUUUAAUACAUUAGUUAACCUCUUGAAAAUCAAAUGUGAUUAACGGACAUAUUGUGCAUAUAAACAUGUAUGUGAUAAAAAGCUAGAAAUGGCAUAAAAGAUAAUUUAUUUCAUUUUAAUAAAUUAAGAUUAAAAAAAAUUCUAGAAAUCAUAAAAUUUUAGUUUUAAUGAAUUUUGUUCAAAUUUCAUCUCUCUCUUUUGGAGUAAAGAAUUAUUGAUAUAUGUACUGAUUUAAAAUUAACUUUCUGUAUGUCAUGUUUCUCAAAUCUAGAAUGAUUUAUUUUUCAUCAAGCA